CUGUAUUUUACCAUGCAAUACGCUGUUUAUUCAACACAAUGACAGAAACGGACACGGAAAACGUCCCGAAAUCGGACGGUUCUCCGAUGCAAAGUGGGUAAUCUUGGAUACGAUACUUUAUCACCGGAGUUUAUUUAUUGUGAUUCCGAUACAGCAACUACUCCAAAUAGCUAGGAAAGCGCUGAGCUGCAACAUCAACGAAAUGAUAGAAUACCAAGCAGGUGACAUAAUUUUCAUCGGGGCCACUAUCAUCGAUGGCACCGGCACACAAAAUAGGUACAAGGCGGACGUCCUUGUACGAGAUGGCUUGAUCCAAUCCAUCGGGACCGAGCUCGAGAAGCCAAGCCAAGAUGGCGUCCGCAUUGUGGACUGCGAUAAUGGACGAUGGGUUCUCAGCCCCGGGUUCAUCGACAUGCACGCGCAUUCCGACCUCUCUCUGCUGCACACGCCCGACCAUCUAGCCAAGAUCACACAAGGCGUGACGACAGAAGUCAUCGGACAGGAUGGCAUUUCAUACAGCCCAGUGAACGACGAGACGAUGGCUCGGAUCCGAAAGCAAAUCGCAGGCUGGAACGGUAACCCUACAGAUCCGCCCGACUUCUUCGACAGGUGGAGAAGUGUUGAAGAGUACUUGGACGUUCUCGAUGCAUCCAAGAUUGCGACCAAUGUAGCAUAUCUGGUUCCGCAGGGCAACCUGCGCAUGUUGGUCAAGGGAUGGGAUUCGAGCCCAGCCACCCAGGCCGAGAUCGAUGCGAUGAAGGAGAUUCUGCACAUGGCCUUCAAACAAGGUGCUGUAGGCAUGUCAUCUGGACUCACCUACGUGCCAGGCAACUUUGCCGAUUUCGAGGAGUUGUCCCAACUGUGCGAGAUAGUCAAGCAAUACGGCGGCUAUUAUUGCCCCCACACACGCUCGUACGGCAAGGGUGCCAUGGAAGCCUAUGCCGAGAUGAUUGAACUGGCCAAGAAAACGGGCGUGCGACUGCAUCUCACCCACGCCACGCUCAACUUUGCCGAGAAUGUCGGUCGAGCGGACGAGUUCCUCGAAAUGGUGGAUAAGGCCAUAUCCGAAGGCAUCCAGCUGUCCAUGGACACAUACCCCUAUCUGCCCGGUUCGACGACGCUUGCCGCCACCCUGCCUAGCUGGGUAGCAUCCGCGGACGACAAGCUCGCCAUCCUCUCGGACCCAGCCCAGCUCGAAAAGAUCCGACACCAGGCGCUCGUGCAAGGCACCGACGGCUGCCACGGCUGCACCCUAAACUGGGAAAUAAUCGAAAUUAGCGGCGUGCAGCGCCCCUCGCUAGCCGAAAAAUACGUGGGCAAGAUGCUGGGGCAGAUUGCGCGCGAGCUGAACCAAGACCCCUUCCUCACCUUUAUCCAAAUCCUCAAGGAAGACGACUUUGGCACUACCAUCAUGCAGCAUGCGGGCCACGAGGGAAACGUCCGUAAGAUCAUGCGCCAUCGCACGCAUACAGGCGGGUCGGACGGUAUUCUCACUUCCACCAAGCCGCAUCCCCGAGGCUGGGGCACCUUUCCGCGAUAUCUGGGGCACUAUCACCGUGAUCUUGCACAGGGGAAGUCAAGGCGCAUUGAGGGACCGCAGGUUUCUGAGGGGACCGGGCCGGUUGAAUUUGAUGAUGUCGAACCAGAGACAAUAUUUGUGGGUGGACUGGAAGAGGCUGUGAGCCACCUUACUGGUCGUGCAGCCGGCGUCAUUGGACUGCGAGACCGUGGGCUCAUCAAGGAAGGGUAUCGAGCGGAUUUGCUUUUAUUCGACGCUGAUGCCAUCCGCGACGCGGCCACGUUUGCCAAUCCGAGACAGCCUGCUACUGGCAUCAGGGCGGUGUUGGUCAACGGCCAGUUUGCUGUUGAUGAUGGCAAGCCUACUGGGGCGAGGGCUGGAAGGACCAUUCAGUUGAAGAGGGGUAACGGGAAUGACUUUGUUGUUGCGUGAUCUUGAAAUGGUGUUGGUCGUGUCCGUUCCAUGUACGUACUCCGUAGUCCAUCCACCACCAGUUGGCUUGAUUUGAG